AUGGCCUCAGGCACAUCCAUCACGGCAAUGAGGGAGGAAGCCACGUGCUCCAUCUGCCUGGAGAUGAUGACUGGGCCAGUGAGCAUCGACUGUGGGCACACCUUCUGUUGCAUCUGCAUCAUGCAAUUUUUUGAGAACCAGAGACAGGAGUCAUUAUCACUGGGGCUCUUCCGGUGUCCUGUAUGUAGGGAACAUUUUCAGCAGGAGAGCAUCCGGCCCAUACGGCAGCUAGAAAACCUCAUUGACACAAUCAGGAGGGUGGAGCAGGAAAGUUUGUGUGAGGAACACGGAGAGAAGCUCUGUCUGUUCUGUGAAGAUGACGGUCAGCUCAUCUGCUGGCGCUGUGAGCGGACACCACAGCACCGAGGGCACACCACGGUCCUCAGAGAAGAGGUAAGUCCAAGCUUCAAGAAAAGGUUCCAGGAAACUGUGACAAAACUGAGGGAAGUUGAUGAUGAAUAUACGACAUUGAAGCUGGACACAGAAGAUCAAAUAAUAAAAUGGAAUAGGGUUAUAGAGCACAGGCGACAGAGGAUCCAAUCUGACUUUAAGAAUCUCCAUACAUUCCUGCAUGAGGAGGAGAAGUCUUAUCUAUGGAGGCUAGAGGAAGAAAAAAAGGAAAUCUUGACGGAGCUGGAGAACAGAGUAGCCACCCUAGAAGACAAGAGUCAGGAACUGAAGAUGUGUAUCCUGGAGCUGGAGAGGAAUCGGGAGGGCUCUGCACAUGAAUUGCUGAAGAUUAUCCAACAGUAUCAGCUGGCUCUAGGAUUUGGGCCAAAACUUAAGCAAAAUACCAACAAAGCUAUUAGUCAUGUAGAUAGACCGAUGUCUGCCAUGGCGUUCAAUGCACAAAAGCCUUUCUAUAGGAAUAUUGGUACCAUGUGCAUUGUUUCUGAACUCUACUUUGAUCCGAAGAAAAUUUUAGAGCAAUAUCAAGCUAUCAUCACUCUGGAUCCAGAUACAGCUCACAGUGUCCUACAUCUGGCUGGGGAUGGGAAGCAGGUGUCUUGGGGACCCCCCCAGAGGAAGCGUGAUACGCCUUGGAGGUUUCAAGUCUCACCCUGUGUCCUGGGAUGUCAGACCUUCACUACAGGACGAUACUACUUUGAGGUGUCCAUACCAAAGGGACCUGAGUGGGAUGUAGGUGUUUGUCUGGAAAAUGUGCCAAGGGACAGUGAAGUGACACUGGAUCCUGAGAAUGGAUUCUGGGCCAUCCGACUGUGCAAACAGAAUGACUAUGUCGCCCUUACCUCUCCCCUCACUCCGCUUUGUCUGAGGGAGUUGGCUUGGUUUGUGGGGGUUUUCCUGGACUACGAAGCUGGACUUGUAUCAUUUUACAACAUGUACAGUGGUUCCCACAUCUUCACCUUCCCAAAGGCCUCCUUCUCUGAGCCCCUCAGGCCCUAUUUCCGUAUUGGUAAAGGUUCUCAUUUAUACCUCCCUUCAGUUUAG